CACGCUCCGCGCAACUCCGUCAGUCGCCCUUUAUUUCUUUCCAGUGUUCGCUUCGGUCGUGUAGUGACAGCGUAUUUCAUUAUAUCAAUAGCGAAGAGCUUAUUCGUUUUACUUGUGAAUUUAAUAUAUUAAAUUUUACGCAAAAGUUAUAAAACUGUUGCGCUGUCGUUUUGUAAAAGUGUGCAAUGUUAACAAAGGUGUUUUAUUCGUGAAUGAAAAUCGUUGCAUGAACGGAAUGUGCAGUUGGAUCUUGCAUCUGUUGUCAACACAAUAACGUGGAUUAUGCAAGCCUGAAGUAAAAAUGUGAAUGUUAAAACCGAAGUAUACGUAUCGCAGUCAAUGUUUUCGUGUUCGUGUCAUUUAAAGUGUUGUGUUCAGGGAAUUUUACAGUGGGAAUGCUCUGGAGGUAGCAGCGAGUAUACAGAAGUAAAUUAGACUAUGUGGGUUACAAUAUAAUGCAGUGGUUGCACAAAAUAUUGUCGCUGGCAAUAGUUUGCGCAGCAGUGGAGGCCGCAGGGUGUCCCUCCACUUGCAAAUGCACCAAGACACGCCUCUCUUGCUCCGGUUACAAUGUCCCAGAGAACCGACUAACUAGGAAACUAUUGGAGCCAUUCGGAACAGAUCUCAUAGAAAUAACAUGGACCAAUUCAAAAGUAACAACGCUGGAGCCACCUUUAUUUGAUGGGCUUAACAAUUUAGAGUACAUCGACUUGAGUAGAAACGAAAUCAAAAGGACUGAACAUGGACUGUUUGCUAGGCUUAGGCACUUAAAGCAUCUCAACAUAUCGAGGAACCAUCUUGAUGACAUACCCAGAUUCACCUUCAGCGACCUAGACAAUCUGGAAGUCCUAGAUGUUUCCCACAACCAGCUCCAUGCCAUACCAUUCCAAGUCUUCUGGCCAAUGACUGGACUGCAAUAUUUGGAUAUAUCACAUAACAAAAUUGCUACUUUCCAAGAUUUCUAUUUUAAUCCUAACCGCAAACUGAAAUCACUGUUCCUAAACAAUAAUAGCCUAGUCAAAAUUACUUCUAAUGCUCUAGUCAACUUGAUGGAAUUGGAGAUAUUGGAUUUAUCUAGUAACAAAUUAGACUAUAUACCAAAAUAUAUGUUUGAUACUUUCCAACAGCUGAGGGAGCUCAAUUUAAGCUACAAUCAGUUCCAAAACAUAUCACAAGAUGCUUUUAAAAAUCUAGUAAAUCUUAGGUGGUUAAACAUGGGCGGGAACAGGAUGAGAAUGUUGCCUGCGAUGCUCUUCCAACACAACAAAUAUAUAGAAACUCUCUACCUCGAACACACUGAAAUAACAGUCAUAGAGAACACUAAUUUUGAAGGCUUAAUUAAUCUACAGCGACUUUACCUAAGGAAUAAUUUAUAUUUACGCGAGAUAGAACAAUUUGUUUUCCAAGAUACACCUUCAAUUACCCAUUUGGAUAUAAGUUUUAAUGCUCUGACCAAUCUGCCUAUGUCUCUGAGAGAUCUGUGCAAACUAGAAGAGCUAAAGAUAAAUGGGAAUCCAUGGGCUUGUGACUGCAGAAUGGCUUGGUUCGCCGUUUGGGGCGAGGAGAAGAGUAAAAAUAAUAUAACAAAGAAUGAUCUGAGUUGUAGAUUAGGAUAUCCCAAUGACAUGUUGACUAUAUUGAACCAUAUGCACUGUGAGCCGCCCGUGUUGGUUGAAAGCAGUCCUUUGACGCUGAAUCGGCUAAAAACAGAUGCGUUGUUGAUAUGUAGGUUCAAUGGCAACCCGGCGCCGUCAAUCACUUGGAUCACGCCGACACGGGACGUCUAUCAUUGGAACCCUGACCCGCUGAUACCGGACAUUUACCACAAGCACGGAGUCGCACACGACCAACACUACAACACCAUAGACAACACUAGAUCUAGACUGAGGAUCCGCGACGACGGCUCAUUAUUUAUCCAAGAUAUCCACAGAGAAGACAGCGGAACUUACUUAUGCUUUGCAACGAACCCUUCAGGCAAUGUUUCCACUGAGGUCAUCCUAAACAUAGACCCUAUGACGAUGUACGAAAUAAAAAUGUACAGUUUACUUUGCGGCGGUAUAUGCGCGGCGGCGUUUUUAGCUCUCACGCUGUUAGUGCAGGCGCUACGUUAUAUAUUUCACAGGUUCCGUCUCAUGGAGACGUGUUGUAGCUGUUGCACUUGCGUCAGCCGGGACGCGCCACGAUCUCGCCAAAUCUACAGUAUGCUGGACAAUAUAGAACAGUAUAAAAGGCAACAGUUGGAGAAAUUACGUGAGAAUUAUGCUAUACAAGUGCACAGAAUAAAAGAGAACUGUACUCAGCAAAUGGACUGGAUUCAGAACAGCUAUUCGACCCAAGCAACGCAUCUCCGGAACAUAAGGGACAUCGGGAGUAACCACUUGUCGUCAAUGAAAGAUAAUUAUUAUGAUCAGGUGAAACGAGUAAGAGACUAUUCCACAUGUCAGCUGAACUGGGUGCGAGAGAACUACGUGUUCCAAAGGAACAAGAUCCGCAAGUUCUCCGCUCACCAGAUCCUGAGACUCAGAGAAUCCUACAAGUACCAACAGCAGACCCUCAACAAAGUCCUAGAGAACCUUCCUAGUCUGUACUUUGAGAACUGUCGAAGCGGCUCGUGCGGACGCAGCGACAGCAUGGCCUUCGAUCCCGACGUAGAAGUCAUCGACAUGUAUCUCAAGACGAAGAUAGAGAAGCUGGCGAAACUACCAAACCCCAUAGCUGACGACGAAAGCAAGAUAUCGGUCUACUACACCCCCACAGAACGCUCCGUCAACUCCAGACGAAACUCCCCCGUGCCUCUACCUGAGGGCAUCCAUAUCAACAUGAUAGAAAAAGGUCCGCCCCGCUUGCUAGCUAUGAUCAAGCCUUUACAAGUGGACCCGCCUCCGACCGUCGAGGACUCGCCCGGGCUCUUCGCACCUGUAGAUAUAGUUCCUUGUGGCGCUCCAGUGAGACCGAGCACCAGCAAGUACAGAGAGCCCAAUGAGAAGCCCGCGAGCGAGCCUUUGCUUGGGAGAGAGCGGGACGAGAGGCGGAGGAGAUGUAAUCUGCCCGCGAGUGUGAGCUCGCCAGAACUGAGAUGCGAGGAGUCCGAAGAAGAGAAGCAGAAGUUGCACGAGCAGGCGAGGGUUUUGCUCGCGGUGGAGUUCACGAAGCCCGAGUGCCAGGUGCGGCACGCGGCCGGACAGUUGGUCUGCGGGGAGUGCGCGGCGCUGUGUGCGCGUUCACCUUUGUAGUACAGGCUCCUGACUCGCGUGUUUAAGAUCUACGCGGUCUCCGGAGAGAAGCUCUCCAGGCAACUCCCGCUACAAGACUACGGACCCUCGUUUGUGUGAUGUGUCCUUGACCGACCGUUCGUACUUCUAAGUGAGCUGUGAUAGACUAGAUUUGAAUUUACGUACGUUAGUGACUUAUUUCGUACCGUCUAGUGAUAGGUUGUAAGGUGUACCGCGUCGGAUCAGUAGUGUAUCGUGGUUAAGCGUUCUGUGGUUUAGGUCUUGUAAAUACGUCUGUUUGUUUCAAUCAUUUUCCAUUUUGAUGUAUUUUUAGGGUAAACUCUUAGAGCAUUUUUAUAUUUGUUUAACUUAAAUCAGUAGACUAAAGUGAGGUUAUAAGAAAGUUUUUACACUCUUGUUGUAAUUGUUGCGAGGUUUUGUAAUGGUGUAUCUGACCAGGCCAGGGGCAAUUCAGACAUGCCCAGAUCUCGCUAGCUGAACGAAAAAUACAAACAUUAAGGUAAAAUUAAACUCAUUCAACAUUUAGUACUUGCAUCUAAUAAUAACAUAAUCUGAUAGAAUAUUUACGUAUAUUUAAUAUAUAUUUUGUGAAAUUGUCGUACAGUUCGCAUGAAAUGAGUCUUGCAGUGAUAUGCCAAAUAAUACAAUCCAGCAAUGAUUAUAUAUUGUAUAACGUUUCUUAAUAUAAAAAUAUACAAAUAUUGUUGAAGAUUUUCUAAAUAUAUAGCAAGAGUAAGCGGCUAACUAUGAAGAAUAAAUUAUUUUUCAAUGUAA